AUGGUAGGUGUUGAUACCGUUCUGAAACCGAAACUCGAAGCCGAAGCUUGUCCUGUAUGUGGCGAUCGUGUGUCUGGAUACCAUUACGGCCUGCUGACAUGCGAAAGCUGCAAGGGGUUCUUCAAACGCACCGUUCAGAACAAAAAACACUACCAAUGUUCUGCGGAUUCAUCGUGUCACGUCGAUAAAACCUGUCGGAAGCGCUGUCCGAGCUGUCGCUUUGCCAAGUGCAUGGCAGAGGGUAUGAAAAUAGAAGCUGUUCGCGAAGAUCGAAUGCGUGGAGGAAGGAACAAGUUUGGGUCCUACUACAAAAGAGAUCGGGCGGCUCGAAUGCAGCGCAUCGCUCUCCGAGGCAAUGCUCUACAGCCCCCUUCGAGUGUUUUCUAUUCAUCUCAACCCCCGAUGGAUCAUCAAGUAUCGAGCAGCACUUCUGACCAGCCGCCGCAUAUUCACUACUACGAUGGGAACAAUCACAAAGUGAAAACAGAGUGCGAUUCAAUGUUGCAGAGUCCAACACUUUCCAGUAGUACUCCCAGCCAAAGCAAUUUCAUUAUUCAUCGUCCAAAUCCUUAUAAUCCUGAUAACGACAGCUUAGCAGCCCUCUUGGGACAAUCGAUUGAUGAUCCACUAUUGCGAUCGCAGCCGUUUCCUAUAUAUUCAACGAUAAAACCGGAACCAUUUGACUACACAGAACAGUAUCUACCUGCUCAAAUUGCCGAUUACUCUGCGUUUCACACUCCUGCCACUUAUUCAUCGAUGAUGACGACAAGCUCUAUAAGAAGCGUUUCUAGUUCCGGGUCAAGCCGAUCAUCUCCAAUUCUGCCGACCUGCCCUCUUCAAAGUGAAAAAGUGGUGGAUUCUUUCUACGUGGGUAACACCGAAAUGGAAUUGUUAGUGGGAGCGCUUUCAGAUAGCCCGCGGAUUCUAACUAUUCUUCACAAGGUUGAUAAGAUGGAUCCCUUCAAUUAUUCGAUGGCCGUGGUUGAGGCGAAUAUGAAUGAGCUCGUGUCGUGGGCUAAAAAUGCCCCGUACUUUAAUCAGCUGGAGAUGGAAGAUCAAAUGAUAAUGCUGCAAUCAUCUUGGGCCUCUAUUCAUAUGAUCGACGUCAGUUAUGCUGUGUUGAAGGGGGAAAUAUCUCAUGUAGUCAAAUUGCCUAAUGGUGCUGAUCUUCCGGCAGGCAUGCUCGCUCUCAUGGGUUGCGAUGUUUAUAUCCAUAAGUGGACUGAAUUGAUUGGUAGAUUACACGCUCUUGGGUUUGAUCGAUGUGACUAUGCUGCAUUCAAGUUUCUCGCUCUUUACCAGAAAAUUGAAGACAAUGUUGGAGUGCAACUGAAGAAAUCGCAUGACAUCCUGAACGCACGUGAAUUACUUUUGACAUCGUGGGGUUCUUACCGUGGUGCUGCAAAUGCCACCCUUCUGCCUCACUAUGGUGUAUUUGUUCAAAUGAAGUGA